AUGCGUUGCUGUCGUGCAACGCCGUCAUGUGGGGAUGAGGAGACGAGCGUUGUGGCGGCGCGCAGCGGACUCUGCGGCUGGGGUGGCGCGCUUAUUUGCAAUGCGGUCAGCAAGCAAACGGAGCGUUGGACGAAUGGCAAUGGCAGCGCUGUAGCGGGAGUGCAUAAAUCAGAUGAGGAUGUGGCGGAUGUGGCCGGAGAGACGGUGUAUCGACACAACAACAAUAAUUGCAGUAGUAGUAGUAAUAGCAGCGCUGAGGGCAUGAGAAGCGCGCACUGUGUCUUGCCGCAGCAACAGCAGGAGCAGCGACGGCGACAGAGCACUAGCGGCUGGCGUAGCAGUAAUCAUCGUUACAGUCUGCUGCGCUGCAUUCUAUGUAAUCUCAAACAAAGUAAUACACAAUCGCAACAACAACAACAGCAGCAGCAGCAGCAACAACAUACGAAAGCACACGCGAAUCAGCUGCUGCAAGUGCAAACGCAUGCACAACGCAGUCGACAGCAGCAAUCGCAACAGUCACAGUCACAGCCGCAGGCUAUUGUUGUUGCAGUGGUGGUUGGCGCCUCGAUUGACCAUCAAAUACAACAACAAGAGCCACAGCUGAGCGACCAUCUCAAUGUGAAACAACACAGGCAGACCACAGCCGGCGGCGGCGAUGGGAAGAGUAACAGCGGCCGCAGCAGCAGAGCUUCGUCGUCUUACAGCUGUGCUGACGAAGGCGGUCAUAUUGGCGGUAGUGAGGCGCUAUUGUAA